CAAGUUCUUCCGCUUUUCUCUUCGUCAUUUUAUCUUAGCGAUUGAAGAAAGGAGAGAAAAAUGUUUGGAUUCAGAAGAGGAGCUGCACCUGCUGAGAAGCCACCUCGGCAGACAUCCAAUGACGAUGAUUCAGACGAUGAGGAAUCAUCGUCAGCUCCUAAGAACAUGGGGAGAAGAACUGCCUCUGAACCAAACCUUGACAGCAUGUCUGUCCAAGAACUGGAGGGCUACGCGGUUGAUCAGGCCGAGCAGACCACCAGGUCCGUCAACAACUGCUUGAAGAUCGCGGAGGACAUCAGAGGCGACGCGAGCAGGACUCUCGAGACCCUCCAUGCGCAAGGCGAGCAGAUCCACAGGACUCAUGAAAUGGCUGCUGACAUGGAGAAGGACUUGAGCAAGGGUGAGAAGUUGUUGAAUAGUCUUGGUGGGAUGUUUUCGAUGCCGUGGAAGCCAAAGAAGGGGAAGGCCAUCACAGGCCCUACAACUUCUAAAGAUGAUAAUGAUGUUCCGAAACGCGCCACUAAAGAGCAACGACAGAAGUUAGGCGUGGAUCGCAAAGCCAAGGGCUCUCGCACGCCUGAUGGAGAACCAACAAGCGCUCUGCAGAAAGUCGAUAUGGAGAAGGAAAAGCAAGAUGAUGGGCUUUCAGAUCUUAGUGAUAUCUUGGGAGAUUUGAAAGGAAUGGCUGUUGAAAUGGGAUCUGAGCUUGACAAGCAGAAUAAGGCCCUUGAUAAUCUUGAUGAGGACAUAGACGAACUCAACUCGCGAGUGAAAGGCGCCAACACACGCGCUCGUAAAUUGCUCAACAAGUAGAGAUUGCUGCCUGAAAUGUUGCUACUCCUUAGAACAACUUGUGUCUUUGUUUGACAGUUUGUAUGUAUUGUGUUGUUGUAAGUUACAUUACACCCUUUUGUUGUACUUGUAUAGUUAUAUGCUUUCUGUAGAAAUGUUUGCAUAAUGUAUUAUAGAUUGUAAAUGGAUUUCUGCAUAAACUUGCUUACAUAUAUGAAUUUACAAAGUGCAGUAACAUUAUUUCAAGAAUUAUAACUAUAACUGCAUUUACAUGAAAUAAAAACAGGGCAUAAAUAAGCAUCACUCUUAAAAACCAGAAAAAAAGUAUCUACGCAGUGUAACUAUGACUAGCAGAGGCUCCUCACUCAUGUCUCCUCACUCUUCACAGCAGUCCAUUGUGCCUUCGGACCACCUUCCCUUCGAGCACGCGAAACGAAACCCAAAACAUACCCAAGAAAAGCUCCAAGGACAAGCACGCUCGCAACUCCAACAUACCAUGAAACUCUCGAACCAAGCCCCUGAUGAGGAGCGACACUGCUUUCGUUGCUGCUAGCAGCACGCCCUACACCAUUCAAGACCUGCCCCGAUGCCAUGAUCUCCACGGCAUCGUGCACCUCCCCGUCAUGGUUCCCCACAUACGAAAGCGUGAGCUUCUCCCUGUUGGCGACCAGUCUCACGUAACCAAACUCACCACCACGGUACAGUGACCUAACGGGCUGGGGGAAGAUGGGAUCCGUGAGAUGGUCGGCCCUUGGCUGCCAAAUCGGCUGCCAAUCCUGCCCGGCCAUCCCAAUCACCAAGUGCACCGGGUACGCCUCCCAUCUCUCUCCCUCGAUGCCCAAGCUUCCACAAGUGAAGUUGUUUAGAGGGCAAAAUCGUUCGUAUCUAUGCACGUGACCCCAUAGUGCUAGUGUAACAUUGUUCUUCACAAGAAGAGGCUCCAAGUGCUCUUGGAGCCUCUCCCUAAACGGCCGGUCUCUUGUCUCAUAGCUUGUAGUGUACAUCGGCCUAUGCCCUUGGACGACAACAUAAGGUGUCUUGGUUCUGUUCACUGAUUCAAGAUCCUUCUUCAAGAACUCAUACUGUUUGCUCCCAGCUAGGAAAUUAGUCUCUGUCGAGAAAUAAACAAAAUGGACUACUCCCAUGUCAAAUGAGUAAUAAAGAUUCCUUGUCGCAGGGGCUCUGGAUCCAGUAGGCUCUGAGGAGUUCCCCGGCAUGUGGAACCUGAGACUGUAAGGCACCCCACACUCUCCACCCCCAUCUUUGCCAUAGACCGCACUGGACCAGUCGGGCUUCCAAGGCUGCAACAGCCAAUCAUAUUCAUGAUUGCCAAUGCACACCAUGUAUGGAACUCUGGAAGCCACAGGUUGUAUCUGGUAGAAGAAGUUAUCCCACAGCCAAGAAUAGCCUCUCGCGUAGCUUAUAUCUCCAAUGUGUGAUAUCAAUGAAGGCUUGUCGCCAAUAGCUUCAAGAUCUCGACUUAUCCACUUAAGUGUGGCAAUGCUUUCUUCCUGUAUGCGCACAUAAGUUGAGUAGGGUGUAGCAGUCCCCAUGUCUCCAAACAAGAAAGCUGUCGUCUCACUCGAAUCCUUAACCGGAGACACGAAGGUGUACAUUGUGCUCCAGCCCCCAGAAUCACUACCCACCUG